UAAUCAACUUGAAUUCCAAAAAUUAGGUCUAUCAAUUUGCCAAAUCCAUCCACCAAAAUCAUUCUUCCACACAAAGAUCUAAACCAAAAUGGGAGGGCAUGGAGGUCUAAACAUCCUCCCACAAAAACGAUGGAACGUAUACAAUUUCGAUAACCGAGAGAAAGUGAAAAAAGACGAAGAAGAAGCAGCUAAAGAAGAACAACUCAAACAAGCACAAUCUCGUAAACGCGACUCCGAAUAUCGCCUCGAACAACUUCGUCAAGCGCGUGGCUUACAAUCAUCAUCAUCCGCGCGUAGCCCACAAUCAUCAUCUAAACACGACCGCCAUACCGAGGAGAAAGUUCAGAAAAAGGAUUCUAACCACAUCAACUUGUUCGAAGGGAUUCGAAUUUUCGAUCCAGUUAAUAAAGUAGAAGAUGACGAGGAGAAAAACGGAAGGAAUAAUAAUAAGAGAGCGAAGAAAGUGGAACCGCCUAGGGUUAUUACUGCUGAGGAUGAGGUUUAUAGGUUGGGGUAUGGAAUUGUUGGUAAAGGAACGAAAUUGCCUUGGUAUAUGGAGAAACCGAAAGAUGAUGAAAAGAGUGAUAACGAAGAUAAUGAUGAUUAUUCAAGGCCUGUGAAGAAGAGUAAUAAUGGGAAGAAGACUGUGGAGGAAUUGCGAAAAGAGCGGUUGGACAGAGAGAGGAAGGAGAAGGGAAGAGAAAGAGCUCUGUUGAUGGACAAGAAUCGAAGAGAUGGAGGAUUUUCGCGACGAAGAUGAGGGCAAUGAAACACAAAGAAAGUGAAUCUAUUGUACCUAGAGUUGUUAUCUGAGAGCUCUUGAAGAAAAAUAUGGCUGAAUGGAGUUCUAUUCUUGGAUAUGUCAAUUUCAAUUUCAGCAUUGUAUCUACGAUCGUUUGGCAAGAGCAUGAUGUUGGUUGGAGAGUCCAAAUCCUGUACAGAGUGUGUAUCAUAUGCUGAGGAAUGGUUUGGAAGGAUUCUUGCUAAUUUCUAAAGUAGAACAAGUCAAAAACCAGUGCUAACCACAACCAACCCCCCCCCCCCCCCGGGGCUUGUCCUGUAAAUCCUUCUGAGCAGCUCAAUUCUGGAACUUUGAUAUUACUAUUUACUUGUCUACUUAUUAGCACGUAGGGCACGAAUUUUAUGAUUCCAGUAUGUUAGAAUUACUCGAGCUUGCCCUCAAUGAGGUUUUACGUUGUCUUUUUUUUUUUUUUUUUCCUUUUUCUUUUCAAUAGUGUAAAAUACAUUUACGGGAUCUUGGGUGGGCAUUGAGUUACAGUAUAGUGAUGUCGGUGAGAAUCUCCUCCUGUGUCGAGUCCAAUUCUCACUGCCUCUUUCUUAUGGGAGCUUAGGCUGGCAUUGUCCAAUCAAUACGUUGGGUUUCGGUAUUGGCUUUUCACAGACCAAAAGAAUUUUCUU